UGGUCCGAGUGGGCUUCUGGGGGGAGACUGCGUGGGAUCAGUGUGGUGCAGGGAUGGUGCCAUGCAGGGAUGCUGCUGGAGUCAGUCUGUCAAUGAGUGCAAACCCAGUGGGUGCACAUGGGAAUGCUUCUCUGCAGUGCUGGCUGAGCCGUGCUGCAGCACGCACGGUGGCAUGGCAUAAGGCAUGGCAGCACAGCGUCACACGUGGUGGCACAGCAUCACGCCUGGUGACAGGCACUCGGGGCUCCAAUAGGCACUGUGCCAUCCCCAGAGCUAUGGCCCAGGGCAUGUGCAGCUAUUGUGCACUCAGCCCAGCUCUGGUGUGCACAGCAGCGCUGGUAACUUUCCAUUUGGGUCCCCUUCCAAGAUCCCGUUGGCUCUGCCCAUGCUGUCUCUCACUCUCAGUCCACACCAUGGUGGAGGUCGGUCCCCCCCAGCGCAGGGCCUGACCCCCAGCUCCGUCCUGAUGCUGUACAACCAGCAGGGAGGAUAAGGGCUGGGGUUGUCACUUGUGCAUUCCCAAGAGCAGGACGAGAGGCUCUCUUCCUUCAAGCCCCACAUCCCCCCUAUGCCCACACACCUGGGAGAAGUGCCGUGGGAGCAUUCUGGAGGUGCUGUGGGACAGCAGGCAAGCAGGGAGCUGGAUCACUGACACCAGCUGAGGUUUCCUUGGCCUUUAAUGUGCACACCUGCUAUUUUCCAUUCCUAUGCAUUUUUCCCCCCAUUCCCAAGCAGGGAGGUGAACGUACCGAUCGUAAAACAAACUGCAGGUGCCUGCGGUCACGUCAGGUGCCGGAAACAUGUGCACCCCCUGCUACCAUUGGUUCUGCCCCAUUACACAGCCUCAGGGGCAGCAUCGCAGCCGGGGCAAAGACGGGGCUGUCCCCACACCUGCUCCCAUCCCCUCACCCAGCGCCUUGGCACCACAUGGAAUGGAGGAGCCUCGCACCUCCAUUUGUCAUCCUGUGGGGCGCAGGGAGGUUUGUGCAGCUGCAGUGAGCAGAGAAUUCAUGGUGCCAGGAAAGGAAGGAGCAGGGCUGUGCCACCCCAUUAACCGCCUUGUGGGGACAUAGGGUCAGGAGGCCAAAGCCAGCCACAGAAUCACCGGCAGCUCUGCACAGCCCCAUCCUGAGCAGCUGAUGGCUCUGGCUCUCGGCCAGUCCUGCCAUUGCAGUGCCAGCUCAUGGCAGAAGGUCACUGCUGCCAAGGGGACAACUAGGACAGGUUGCCGGCUCCUUCACUUUCUGUCUGCAGCCUUGCCCCAGGAGCCUGCAUCCUUCUCCAGCUAUAGGAGCAACCAAAGUCACUGAGGAAUGAGGUUGAUCGUGAGAUGGGGCCCCUUCUGCCAUCCAGCAUCCUAAGGAGUGCUGUACCAGCACCCACAGAGCACAGCAGGCUCAGUCCUGACCCCAACCCCACGUGCUGUGCUGCAGGGCAGGGUGCUGUGCCUCAGCCCUAGGGUGCAGCCGUGCCCCACGUGAGUGGGAUCAUAUUGUGGGGCACACACUGAUCCCAGCGGGGUGUGCACCCCCGUGUGCACACCAUGUCCCCGUGUGUGUACAGUAUACACAGCACAGGCUGUGUAUAUAUAUAUACAUGAGUGCAGAUUACGACAGGGCUCCUCUUGUGAUGCAAAAAGCGCUGGCCCUGCAGAUGAAUAACGCUGCAAGAUGCCUCCUCAGAUAUUUUUGCUGGUGCCAAAAAUAGUCUCCUUCCCUGCUCCCACCCCCCUCCAUCCCCAUCAUCCCCUCCAGUGGCUGUGCACCGCGGGCAGGGCAGGCUGCAGCUGCACCACAAGGGGUCCAAACAGCACCGCUGAUGCGGGCUGGGGGAAUGCUGGGGGCUGGCAGGGGGCAAAGCAGCCUCACUCCAUGCCCGCUACAUGACAGCCCGUGGAAAUUUCCCUGUGCAGGUGGCCAGGACACCUGGGCAUGGAUGGUCAGAGGGGGGAAGCGGAGGGACGCAGGAUGGGGAAGCAGGACGGGGACGCAGUUUGGGGAUGCAGGUUGAGGAUGCAGGACAGAGAGCUGGGCUCGCUGCCAGGCUCCUCACCUGCCCUUGCUGCAGGGGCAGAGCUGGAUCUCUGCCUGCUCGGUGCCUCAGUUUCUCCAGUGCUCGGAGGGGAGUGACUGGGGGGGGUCCCUGCUCCAUGCUUUGGCGAAACAAGUCUGAGAAAUACCCUCUGAGCCCAGUGCUAAUGCAACCCCCUCCCCCUCUGCCCUGCAAAGGGGUGCAGCUCCCUGCCUGCCUCUCUCCCCGCACUCUCUCCCUAACACUGUCCCGUGAGCUCCGCAUCCCAUUCGGAUACCCUACAGCCCCAUUCCAUGGCUUGGGGGCAACUUUCCAUCCUCUGGGAGCCCCGGGGAAGGAAGGGGCCGUGCCGGUAGUGCUCCCCACAUUAUGCCGUGGCGAGACGGAGCCCGGGAGCUCGGUGGACAUCGCACGCGUCCUCCCCGAGGUGCUGCGCCCCCCAGCUCGGCAGUGGCUGCGGGCACGGCCGCCCCUCGCGGGCCCCCCUGGCUCAGGGCUGCCUGUACCACGCGGUGCGGCGGGGGCCGGCCGUCACGGAGCCCUGCUGCUGCCUCUCCACCCAUUUGAUGUCAGAGCUGCUCAGGUGCCGUCAGCCCCAAAGAGCCGGCAUCGGCUCCGGCACCGCAACCGCCCGGCCACGGCGGUGCUCCGGCCCGGCCUGACCCCAUACCCUUGCCCUCGGCCGGCCCGAGGAGAGGGGACCCUCCUGCCCACCCCCCCUCGGCCCCUCGCCAUCUCGCUUUGCUCGCGGGGGGCACCAUGCGGGACUCGUACACGGUGACGCUGCCCGAGGAGCCCCCUGCGCUCCCCGACCUUCACAAGGAGUUGCGGCCCCGCACCUCCAUGCCGGGCUCCCUGCUGGUUUCCACUUUCGUCGGGCUCGUCCUCAACAAGACCAAGAGCUCCAAGGUGGUGCAGGGGCUGACUGGACUUCGGAACCUCGGCAAUACGUGCUUCAUGAACUCCAUCCUGCAGUGCCUGAGUAACACCAAGGAGCUGCGGGAUUACUGCCUGCAGAACCAGUACCUGCGGGACCUCAACAACAACAGCCGCAUGCGCACCGCGCUCAUGUCAGAGUUUGCAAAGCUGAUCCAGCUGCUCUGGACCUCAUCCCCCAACGACAGCGUGAGCCCCUCCGAGUUCAAGACGCAGAUCCAGAGAUACGCCCCACGCUUUGUUGGAUACAACCAGCAGGAUGCACAGGAGUUCCUGCGCUUCCUCCUGGAUGGGCUGCACAGCGAGGUGAACCGCGUGCUGGUGCGGCCGCGGGCCAAUGCUGACACCCUGGACCACCUCCCUGAUGAUGAGAAGAGCCGCCAGAUGUGGCGGAGGUACCAGGAGCGGGAGGACAGCCGUGUUAGUGAUCUCUUCGUUGGGCAGCUGAAGAGCUCGCUGACCUGCAGUGAGUGCGGCUACUGUUCCACAGCCUUUGACCCCUUCUGGGACCUUUCCCUGCCCAUCCCCAAGAAAGGCUACGGGGAAGUCACCCUGAUGGACUGCCUGCGGCUCUUCACCAAAGAGGACAUUCUGGAUGGGGAUGAGAAACCGACGUGUUGUCGCUGCAAAGCCAGGACGCGGUGCACGAAGAAAUUCAGCAUCCAGAAGUUCCCCAAGAUCCUGGUGCUCCACCUGAAACGCUUCUCAGAGGCCAGGAUACGAGCCAGCAAGCUCACCACCUUCGUCAACUUCCCACUGAAGGACCUGGACCUGAGGGAGUUCGCCUCACAGAGCUGCAACCACGCCGUUUACAACCUCUACGCCGUCUCCAACCACUCGGGCACCACCAUGGGAGGACACUACACUGCCUACUGCAAGAGCCCCAUCUCCAGCGAGUGGCACAGCUUCAAUGAUUCCCGCGUCACCCCGAUGUCCUCCAGCCACGUACGCAGCAGCGAUGCCUACCUGCUCUUCUACGAGCUGGCCAGCCCAUCCUCACGCAUGUAGCCGGCCCCUGGGCACCCCUCAGAGCCUCCUACCUGGAUUUUGGCACCCCAAGAACAGUAGAAAGCCCCGAGAUGAGGGCAGAAACCAGGUAGCCCCGGUGCCUCCAGGCCUCUGGUGUUUGCUUUUUACCCUGGGGUAGGUUUUUCUUUUUUCUUUCUGAUGUGUAAUAAAAAUACUGAGCAAGGGGCCUGGGGCUGCCUGCUCCCACCAAGGACCUUGGGGACACCUGGAGUUGGGUUCCCUUCUGGCAUCUUCGUACCCCUCUGCCAUCUCCGAGGAUCCACAUGCCUCCUCCCAGCUCCUCCAAACCUCCUGAUGAAGGAUUACAGCUCUUUGGUCACCUCCAUCUGCUUUCUGAUCGGCCCAGGACUCACGGCCGGGAGGGAGGACGAUGAUUCAUGGAGUUUCUAUUUAUCACAGACUUCUCUCAGCCCGGAGCAUCCUUCCUGGCUGCCCAGGGACUCACGCCGGGGGGGCUGACCCACCUCCUUAUACGACGGUGCCUUAAACCAUUUCGGGGCGUGGGAGGCCCUUGGGGUGCACAGGGAUGUCCGUCCUACAGGGGGGGUG